CACCGCCGAAACCCGCGGAUUUUGCACCAAACCCCUCCGGAAUCUGCAUGAAAAUCUCGCGAUUUUGCCCCGAUCGCGGAGAAAACCAAAACAAACUGGGAGUAACCAACCCCCGCACGCCUCCCGUAUAUAUCCACGCGCCCCCAAUUGGGGACUCGAUCGACCGACCCGAUCGGUGCCCCGUGCCGUGCCAAAAAGCGGUCAGGCGAGCGAGAAGGGAAGCGCGCUGGCGUCCGUCAUCGGCGAGGGCUCUGGGGCUGCGACGGCGAGCGGGAGCGCGCCGAUGGAUCGCUGCCGGAAGCGGCCCGACUCAGACCCCGAGGGCUGCAGCGAGCCCGAGCCCCCCGCCGAUAAGCGCCCGUGCACGGCGGAACCCUCGACUUCCGCCGCGGCCGCCGCCGCUCCUCCGCCCGGCGCGCGCCAGGCUGAGCAGGGCGGCUCGGAUAUGGACACCUCGUCGUCCGGCCACCCCGGCGAUGCUGAUGUCGACGCGGAUGACGGGGACGGUGAUGGCGAUGGCGAUGGGGAUGGGGAUGGGGAUGGAGAUGGGGGCUCGUCCUGCGAGUCGGAUGGGGACGGGAGCCCGAGGCCGCGUGGCAGCGGGGGCGGGAGGUUCCAGCGGAUGGUGGACGCGGUUGCAGACGAGGGCGCCGGGCAGGACGCGGUGGUGGCGGCUCUCAUGGAGCUCUGCGAGGCGCUGUCGUUCUGCGCGGAGGACGCCGGCGGGUACUUCCCCACGGAGGCAGCCGCGCGGGCGCUGGUGCGGCGGGCCGGCGGCGAUGGCACGGGGGCUACCCCGGACGUGAUUCUGCUGUCCGUGCGCGCCAUCACGUACCUCUGCGACGCCAUGCCGCGCGCCGGGGACGCCGUCGUCCGCCACGGCCUCCUCCCCGUGCUCUGCUCCCGGCUGCUAGCCAUCGAGUACCUCGAUGUAGCUGAGCAGUGCUUGCAAGCUUUUGAGAAGAUAUCACGGAGGCAGCCUACCCAGUGCUUGCAGGCGGGCAUGAUCAACGCUGUGCUGGCAUACAUUGACUUCUUCGCUGCAAGCAUCCAGAGGGUUGCAGUGUCAGCUGUCGCAAAUGCCUGCAAAAAGGUCCCGACAGAUUGCUCCCACUUUGUUCUGGAUUCGGUCCCAGCUCUAUGUAAUCUUCUGCAAUCUGAGGACAAAAUGAUAGUGGAGAAGGUUGCAGCUUGCUUGAUAAGCAUCGUGGACUCUUUUAGCACUUCAGUUGAUCUUGUGGACCAGCUCUGUCACCAGGGUGUUAUAGAGAAGGUCCUACCUUUGAUACACACUGGUGGACUCACGGCCCUUAGCCCAUCGACAUGCAGUAACCUGAUUGGGCUUCUUGCUAAGCUAGCCUGUACUUCACUUGUGGCAGUGAAGUCUCUAUUUGAGCUGGGUGUUAGUAGCACAAUAAAGGGGAUUUUGAUCACUUCAGACAUCUCCCAUGGCAUGCCAUACUUGCCUCUGGAAAAACAAAAUAAUCAGGUCAAUGAAGCUCUGAAACUAGCAAACCAGUUGAUUCCUUCAGCAGCAAGGGACGUUGAAGACACCCAGAUCAUACUAGCAAAAGAAAAAAUAAUUACAGAUGAACCAAGGUUCUUGUCUCAAUUCUCUAGGGAUAUUCUUCCUGUCUUGAUCAAGGCGGUGAACUCUGGUGCCAAUUCAUACAUUUGCUAUGGCUGUGCUUCAAUCGUUAACAAUAUUUGUUACUUCAGUGAACCAGAAAUACUUCAAGAGUUGCUCAAGGAAACGAACAUACCGGGCUUCUUGGCUGGUUUAUUGUCUAGAAAGGAUCAUCAUGUGCUGACCUCAUCACUAAAGAUAAUUGAGAUUCUCAUGCAAAAGCUUCCUGAUGCAUACCUUGGCUUCUUUAUCAAGGAAGGUGUUGUCAAUGCAGUUGAGGCGCUUCUUAAUCAAGAGGAUUGCUCAAAAUCCACUCAUCUGCCUGAUGACAUGCAACAACCAGAGACUCAACCUGUCAUAAGAAAUAAGACUACAUGUUUCUGCUAUGCAUUUGAUGCCCGUAGAUCUGAAGCUGCUGAAAAAAGGACUUGUAGGAUUGGGAAGGACAGUCUUUUUACUUUUGCCAGGCAUGUGAAAACAACCUACUUUACUAAGGAUGUAGUGAGUUCUGAGAUGGGGUUAACUGAGAUUUUGCAGAAGCUCAAAACUUGCUGUGCAGUUUUGAAUGAGACCACAGACAAGUCAUCAGACCAAUGCAAUCUUCAUCAGAGUGAAGAAUACUUAUCUACCAUUUUAAAUGAGGUGAUGAUGGAGCUUCAUGGGGGAGAAACAAUGACAACCUUUGAAUUCCUUGAGAGUGGAUUGGUCAAAUCUUUAUCAAAUUAUCUCUCAAAUGGCAAGUACCUCCAGGUGGAGAACAAUAUGAAUUGCAGUUCUGACCAUUUUUUGGCUGUCGUGAAAAGAUUUCAGUCAUUUGCUCGGAUGUCUUUCUCAAGAAUGGGCCAAGGUUGGGGUGACAUGCUUUUGACACUUUUAGUAAGCAAGCUGCAGAAUGCUCUUACUUCUGUUGACAACUUUCCACUUAUAAUGAGCCACAACUUCAAGCCAAGGAGCAGUAUUUCUGAUAUCCCUACGAGGCACUCAACAAUUACUCCAUGUAUCCGAGUAAGAUUCAAGAAAGACGAAGAUGAAACUAACUUGUCAAGCUAUGAUAGUGCUGUGAAUGUGGAAAUAUCGUCAUCGUUGCAUACCAUCGAAGAAUUUUUGUGGCCCAAAGUUAGUAUAGAUGUCAAUAGUCAGAAGGCUGAAUCACCACCUAGUGGUACUGCUUUGGAAAGCAAAUAUGCUGAUGAUGACUCUCAGGAACGAGAUUCCACACCUAGUCAGAAGGCUGAUUCACCAUCAGAGGGCCUGGCUUGUGAAAAUCAGAAUCCGCCUGUAGAAACAAGUCCAAAGCAAGGAACUUCAUCUUCUGGUCAAGCAGAAAGAAACACAACAAUCUUGAGUGAUUGCACCAUACAACAGAAAUUGGUAUUUAGCUUAAAUGGUAAAGAGCUUGACCGGUCUGUUACUCUGUAUCAGUCAAUACUGCAGGAUCAGAUCAACGUAGGGUCUGACAUAAUUCUGGACAUGCAGUUUUGGCGCAGUGUUCAUGACAUAACUUUCAGAGCUGCUAACCCAGAAGCAAAUAUAACAGCUGUUAACCCAGAAGCAAAUGAUUCUCCUAGACAUUCCUCUACUGCAAUGUCAUCAAUAAAUGAGAACAUAACUGGGUUUACAUGGCAGAUGCUCCCUUUCUUUCCUAGUAUGUUGCUUGGUAAACUUCCUUGCAAACUCGACAGAUCAGGUCCUUCGUAUGACAUAUUGUUUAUGUUACACAUUUUAGAGGGAUUAAACAGGUAUUCUUUUCACCUCGUGUCUGAUGAGAGAAACCGUUCUUUUGCCCAUGGAAGGAUAACUAACCUCAAUGAUCUGAAAGCUGAAGUUUUCUCGAUUCCUCAGCAAGAGUUUGUCAGUGCCAAAUUGACAGAUAAAUUGGAGCAACAAAUGCAUGAUCCAUUAGUUUCAAAAUCUUUCUGCCUGCCUUUAUGGUGCACCGAACUGAUGUCUGCCUGCCCUUUCUUAUUUUCAUUUGAGGCGAGAUGGAAGUAUUUCCAGCUGACAGCAUUUGGUUCUUUGAAAAAUCAUCAUGGCCAUAUGAUAGAUGCAAGUGUUAACAGUGUCGCAGAAAGGGCGUCUAACCACUCACGGAAAAAGUUCAAAGUUGAUCGCGAUGAUAUACUGGUUUCAGCUGCAAAAAUGAUGAAAUCGCAUGCUAAGAGCAAUGCUCUACUCGAAGUAGAAUAUAAAGAGGAAGUGGGCACUGGUUUAGGUCCUACAAUGGAAUUCUAUACAUUGAUAAGUCAUGAAUUUCAGAAGUCUGGUCUAGGCAUGUGGAGAGGGGAGCUUCCUUGUGAAUCUGUUACCGAUAAUGGUCAUGUUUCUGAAUUCGUGGUUGCCCCUAAUGGACUUUUCCCUAGACCUUGGUCUGCUUCUGCAGAUUCUGCUUCCUUUCAAGAAGUGAGCAAGAGAUUCCACUUGCUUGGUCUGGUUGUUGCAAAAGCAAUUAAAGACAACAGAAUUCUUGACAUUCCAUUUUCUAAAGCAUUCUACAAGCUUAUCCUUGGGCAGGAGCUUAAUAUAUAUGAUAUCCAGUCAUUGGAUUCUGAACUGGCCACAUCCCUUGUGGAGUUUCAAGCUCUUGCUUGUCGGAGAAAAUAUGCAGAGUCAAAUUUGACAAGGGACUGCCAGAUUAUAUCAGAUUUGACUUAUCGAGGUUGUAGAAUUGAGGAUCUUGCUAUUGAGUUUGCUCUCCCAGGGUAUCCAGAAUAUGUGCUCUCACUGGGAAGUUGCUCUGACAGUUUGAAUGCUGAGAAUUUGGAAGAAUAUGUUCGUCAUGUUGUUGACGCAACGGUUAAAAGUGGAAUUGCAAGACAGAUGGAGGCUUUUAAGUCAGGAUUUAAUGAGGUAUUUCCACUAAAAAAACUCCAGGUUUUCUCAGAGGAUGAGCUAGAGAGAUUACUCUGUGGUGAACAAGAUACAUGGGAUUUUGCGAAACUUGUGGAUCAUAUCAAAUUUGAUCAUGGUUACACUUCCAGCAGCCCUCCUGUCAUCAAUUUGUUGGAAAUCAUACAAGAGUUUGGAUCCCUUGAGCGCAGAGCUUUCUUGCAAUUUAUAACGGGUUCACCUCGGCUUCCACCAGGCGGGUUGGCUGCACUAAAUCCGAAGUUCACAGUUGUCCGAAAGCAUAACAGCAAUGACGCUGACGAUGACCUGCCUAGCGUGAUGACUUGUGCGAACUAUCUUAAGUUACCUCCGUAUUCUUCAAAGGAGAAGAUGAGGGAGAAACUCCUCUAUGCAAUUACAGAGGGCCAGGGGUCCUUCCACCUAUCUUAACCGAUAAGCGAUAAUGAUAUGCCACUUGCAAUAGGAGUUUCACUUUGUAAGUAUCUCGUAGGAAAGGAAAGCACGGUGUAAAUGUGGGUGGUUCACUGCUUCUUUAGCUGACAGCACGAUCUGGUGGAGCUGAUUUUAGGAGGAGGAAAAAAAAACCGCUACCCUUCUUUGUACAUACUAGGUUUUAGGUGUGGUCAAGCAGACCACUAGUGUGCCUAGUUCGCUACGCUUUUAUCGAAACUUCUUGUACAUAUGCGUGCCUGCCUGAUAGAAAGUGCCAAUGCUAUCUUUCUAUGAAAACAACGUUGUUCGUUGGUGUUUACCUUCUGAAGCGUCGUUGUGUGACAUGUGGCAAAAUAUAUGUGAAUUAUUGGUGGAUUUUGUAUGAACAGUACCUGAUCCGAGCGUGAGGAAUUUAUGCCAUGUGAAUAGGACACUGCCUUCUGCUUCGGUU